AGGACCAAGAGGAAAACAGGUCACAGACACACUUUACAGCCAGGGGAGGGGAGGGUUCGCCACGGCUGGAAUUUGAACGAAGUUCCUGUCAACUAUAGUAUUGUUAUCUGUAGCGGAAAAUAUUGUAUGAAUAAAUCCGCUCUGUUAUUUUAAAAGAAAAAAAUCUGAUAAGGCCGUCAGCUGUCGCGUCUAUGUUUUAUUCCUCUUUCAACUCUGUGUCUGAUCUUCCUGAAAACACCUGCGUGACUCAGGUAACUCACCGAUGAAGAGGGAAGUCCUUGGAUACUGAGCAGUGAAAAGUUUGUCCGUCAGGAUGUGCUCCAGUCGAGGUAUAUGUGGCGCCAACAGCCGUCCCAACAGGUCGUCCAGCUCAGAGGGCAGCGGCUCAGGCGCCCAUUACGCCCUGUGCGCCCUGGGAGUCGGUCUCAUCGCGCUGGGCAUUGUCAUGAUUGUGUGGACUGUGAUACCCAUGGAUGGAGAGGCCCCAGGCGGUUCGGCCACAGCAUCAGGCAACUCCACCUCAGGGCCUGGAGGUCAUGACGAGGCCUCAGACAACACAAAGUCUUCAUCAGUGGCCAUGGCGCUGGUUGGAGUUGGAGCAGCCAUGCUGCUCUUGUCCAUUUGCCUCGGUGUGAGGAGCAAGAAGAGAGCACAAAGCAGACGUAACCAGCCAGCGCCGGUAGGAGGCCCCCUCAUGGACCAUAUACCUGGGGAGCAGCAAGAGCCAGCUGCUGAUCCAGCUGCGUACAACGUGCCGAGCUACGAGGAGGUCGUUGGCAGCGGCAACUACCCCGUCCGUCAGAGCAACCUUCGCCAGAGCACCUCCCAGCUGCCGUCCUACGAGGACAUCAUAGCAGCUGUGGAAAACGAGGGAGCAGAGCCCACGAACAAUCCCACCGAGGACACCCCUCUCAAUGAUCCCGCAGCGGCCGCCGCCCAACCUGCUGCCGAGCCUCCGGCCAACCACCCGGGCCUCAAGUCAAACCCCAGCCUGCCCUCCCGCAGCAGCAGCCGUGCCAGCCGUUUACUGCGGCCUCUGCGGGUGAGGAGGAUCAAGUCGGACAAACUGCACCUGAAGGACAUCCGUCUCCAAAUCCGCACCCCCACACAGAAUCCAGUCAACAUCGAACCCAUCACUCCUCCACCUCAGUAUGAAAAUAAGAUGCCUGAAUUACAGUAGGAGCUGUCCCUUAUUGCCUGCUCCUGAUGAGUAAAAAUAUCUCUACGUUAAAUGGACUAAUGAUAAGAUCCAUUAGUCCAUAAGACCCAUUUUCAAGGUUACUAUUAAAUAGGUUAAGUGUGGCUGGGAGCAGUGUGAUGGAGCCUGUGUAGACGCUUUCCUGAGAUGAGAAUAUUACAAGUGAAUCUCUCUUUAUCAGUGAAGGUCGUGAUUGGCAUAUUUAUUCUGUCAUAAGACAUUAUCAGGUCUGUGUGAAAAGAUCUGCUUUCAGAGAUGAGAUUUUUUUUAACUAAUGUCAGACAUAGGAGAACCUUACAGUUUUAUUUAAUAUGUUUUUCACCUCACCAGGAAUUAUUAUUGUUGUUAUAUUUUGUGUCUGAUUAGUUGUGGACUGUGGAAAAUUUGAAAUCUUAUCUUGUGAUUCAAAGGGGGAAAAGGGAAGCUAAUUGCCUUGGAGGUUUUUCAGUGGUAACAAGUUUGGUAUAAGAUGCACCUUGUUGUGAUUUAUAACUGAAGAAAAUGCACUGAGGCCAGGAACUUGUGACUCAACAGUUUGUUUCUGAAUGUUUUUCUAAGUUGUUUUUAAACACCUUGCCUGAAAGAAACCAACUCAAAUGACCUUUUUGAUACAGAUAAAUAAGAAAAACAUUAAUGAAACAGUAAAACCAGAAGUAAACUACUGAAUAAUCUAGUAUGAGAUGUGAUAUUGGUAAGGACACAUACAUUGUUUCAUAGGACUUUUAUAAGUGUUUAAAUGUUGAAAUCUCUUUAACUGUGGUGUAAUAUUUGUAAAAACAACUGAUGAAUAAAUGUUUUUUUUUCUAUUUCAUUUAGGAUCAUGUCCAGAUUUAAUAUUUUUGUUGUCAAUGAAAAUAGACCUUUAAUCACUCAGUCAUCAUCGAAGCCAACAUCAGUAAAAAAAACUGAAAAAAAAAGUAGAUCUACUCAGUAGAAAUUAAACUGCCAUCGAUACCACACAAAUAAGCUGUUGCUGCAUUUUCUGAUUAUUUUUAUUUCAGUUAAAUAGAGCUGUAUUUAUUUUUAAGAGAUUAAUAUUGUCUUUGUUCUCUCAGUUAAUAAAAUCUAACUGUAGGUGUUUA